AUGACCAAUGCGUCGCCCAUGUACGAUGGCACUGGCGGCCGAAACCAGCUUGGGUCCGGCAGCCAAGGAGUAUGGGAGCACGACGAUGGAGGCGCAGCCGAGGCAUACGAAAAGUAUGUUGCGGUUCCUAAACGUCAGAGACAACGACAGGCACAAAUAGAAGAGUAUCAGAGAAGUGAGUGGUGCGGACUCUCAAUGCAUUUGAAAAGUAGCUGAGAUGCCCUUUGCGAGACAGGCAACAUGCACCACCACAUGUCAAGCAGCCCGAGGCUGCAUGUUGAUAGACGUGGCGCUACGGUCAGCCGCGUUCUUUCGGAGCCAAGUUCCCUCUGGAGCAGGCCGGCCCGUCGCCCGCCAUCACCACCGCAGUCCUGGAUCGAGGAAGUUCCUCUAUCGGACGAGCACGCAUCUAGCUCGGGAGGUGGAACAAGCCUUCAGCGUAUGCGCACCAACAAGUAUGGAAUGUAUGUUCCCUACGCCUCCAUUUCUGAGAUCGAGGAGCUGCCCACAUCUCCGAAACGAAGCGUCAGCGCUAGCGCUCCAGACAGGAGCCGAAGCAGCAGUCCUGAUAUUUUGAGCCGUUUUGAGGAUCAAGGUUCGCCGGUCUCAAAGGGGUGGAUGACGAAGCUUUUCGGACCUUCAAAGGUGAUCAAGUAG